UGUAGGUUAGAAUUUAGAGAAACCCCUUAAAUUAAUACCCACACGAAGAGACGUUGAGAGGUUAACGAAAUUCAGCGCACACCAAAGCAAUCUCUAACCCUUAUAUGUUUAAAUUUAUACAUAUUGCGUAAAUUUAUCAAGCAAUUACGAUCAAAUGUACAAGAAAAUAAAUAUAAUAAAAAAGGUAGAUCGAUUACUUAAAAUGGAUGUUGUGUUGGUUAGGGUAGACGUUGGCAUCAGUCGCCGGUCGAGAGGUCCGUCCAAACCCUCCCAACUCUCUAACGGACUAUAUUUUAUUUUUAUUUUUCUCUUUAUAUAUAUACAUAAACUUAAUUAUAUAAUAGACUAUAUAUAUAUGUAUACGUGCUGUUGCUCUUCACCUUUCUUCUUGUUCCCACAUAUCCAUCUUCCCCAACCUUUCCCAAAAAGAAAAACUUAGGGUUUUAAGCUCCAAGAUUCCUACAGAUAUAUAUUUAAAACACACAAACGCAUAAAAAUAAUUGCGUAUGUUGUUUAUGUAACAUCUGUGUGUUUUAUUUUCUUGUGAUAUUUUUCUUUGUUCUUUGUAUUGGUUUAGAUCGUUACGCUUGAGAUUAAAGUUGUCCAGUAGUUAAAUAUAAAGAUCAGCCUAAAGAAAGAGAAGGAUUAUGUGUAGUCGAGGCCAUUGGAGACCAGCAGAAGACGAGAAGCUCAAGGAUCUGGUCGAACAAUAUGGUCCUCAUAACUGGAACGCCAUAGCCCUCAAGCUCCCUGGUCGAUCUGGAAAGAGUUGUAGAUUGAGAUGGUUUAAUCAACUGGAUCCGAGAAUAAAUCGAAACCCUUUCACUGAAGAAGAAGAAGAAAGACUUUUAGCGGCUCACCGGAUCCAUGGGAACAGGUGGUCCAUCAUCGCUAGACUUUUCCCUGGAAGAACUGACAACGCCGUCAAGAACCAUUGGCAUGUUAUCAUGGCUCGACGCACACGUCGUCAAACCUCCAAGCCUCGUAUUCUUACCUCCACGACUUCUUCUUUAUUGGAGACUGAACAAAUCAUGAUGGCUUCUGGUGAUCGGAAGAGAAUACUUGGGGACGGUAUCAGUUACCCUUACCAAUUCUCUCAUAUCAAUCAUCUUCAGUUGCUAAAGGAGUUCUUCACCGAAAAGAUCGCUUUCAAUACCAAAGAUGCGAUGGUAGCAAAUCAGAGUAAAAAGCCUAUGGAGUUCUACAAUUUUCUACAAGUAGAUAUGGAUUCUAACAAGAGCGAGAUUGUUGAUCAAGAUUCAGACCAAAGCAACCCCCAUGACUCGGACAACAAAAACGAAAGUCGUGUUCCUUUCUUCGACUUUUUAUCUGUUAAAAACUCUACUUCCUAGGGUUAACUCGUUUGCAGUAUAUCCGUAUAUGUAUACGUAUGUAAGUCAUAAUUUCUAGAUUUAACUAAUUAGUCUGUACUCUGUAUACGUACGAGACUUGACAUCGAUUGAUUACACGUAUGUUUGACGUAUGUAAAUUACUAAAUAGUGAGCUCUAGCUAAUCUAAGCUAAAUGUUAAAAUGUACCAAAUGUAAAUGCAUCCACUCCACGCAUUAUUAAUCGGUUUAUAUGAGGUGAGGUGGGUAAAAUGUCUAAUCAUAUAAUUCUUCUACCAAUAAAACAAUCAGCGGGCUAUACAAACAGAUCGCUUACGGUCGUGUAACCAAACCCUAUAAUUAAACUUACGGCGGCGUUCUUAAUUAGUUUAGAAUAUUAAUUAAAAGAUGAUUUAACUAAAGAAAACAAAAGAUGUCGUGUAACCAAGAAGUAGAUGCAAUUACAUCAGCGGGCUAUACAAACAGAUCGCUUACGGUCAAGAUCAGGCACAAGUAAAACGCAUAUAUACACACACAUUCAUAUAGCAAACAAUCCAAUAUCCAUAACUUAUGUGAAUACAUUACAUAUAUAGAGAAAAUCACCUAAAGACCAUAAAAUGAGUUUUUUUUAACAAAGAGUUAAAAAAUCAUUCUACCCUAACUUUAUAGAUAUAUAAUUAUAAAUAAUUAUUUCAAUAAAUAAUCAAAAAUCAAAAACAAUUUUUUAGAAUGAUUCACCAGCCAGUUUGCUUGCAAGAAGGGUUAUGGGAAUAAUAGGAACUAUAGAUCAUGAAAUGCUUACCAAGGAACGUGAUUCCCACAAAUACUUUACAGAAAACAGGAUGCACUACGAGGGGAACCAUGAAAGUAACAGAUUGGAGUACCUGAUACCUAAAAAAACAUCAUUGAGACAUAGGCUACCAAUGGGAGACCAAGGAUUCACAGACUUUGUGGCUCAUCUUCUUGAGAUAAACCCAAAGAAACGUCCCUCUGCAUUAGAGGCUCUCAAGCACCCUUGGGUUUCAUACCCAUACGAACCCAUCUCUGCUUGAAUGACCUGACACAACCAGUGACUUACUUUGGCCAUCAUAAAAAAACCGCAGAUUAGUGGGAAAAAACUUAUUAACUGUGCAAAGUUGAAGCACCAAACCAUGUAAAAGUUAGUCUUCCUUUGUGGCUGUAUUCUUCAGUCAAGAGGUGGUUAUGCGUAGGCUUGUGACGGAUCGGGUAUCCGGGCAAUUUUAAGGUAUCCUGAUCCGAAUCCUUAUCCGGAUCCGGGGUUUUCGGAUAUCCGGAUGUCGGAUAUCUUUUUAAAAAUUAUAAUAUGUGGCGGAUAUCUGGAUCCGGAUUUGGAUCCUUAAAAUAAAUAAAAAAUAAUAUUAAUAUAUAUAAAAUAUUAAAAAUAGUUUAAAAAUAAAAAAAUAUAUAAUGUUUUUAAUUAUUUCUAUGUAUAAUAUUACAAAAUUUACAUACAAUUUAUAUAUACUAUUAUAAAAAUGAAAAUAUAUUAAAUAAAAUUAAUUUAUAUAUAUAAAUAUUACUAUUUUUGAAAUAGUUAUUAAUAAAACUUACGGAUCCGGAUAUCCAGAUUAAAAAAUAAAAACCCGGAUUUGGCUUUAACGGAUCCAACAUUUUACUAUUUGGAUCUGGAUUCGGCCCCUCCGGAUAUCUGGAUUUUCGGAUCGGAUCCGGAUCGAAUCCGGAUUUCGGAUAAAAGUCUAGUUAUGUUAGUGCAAAGGUGGGAGAUUUAGAGAAGAAAAACUUUUUGGGAGUUUUGAUUAGAUCAUGUAACACUUGUGAUUCUUGUUCUCUUAGAACAGAUUGUUGCUAAAACUUGUGUUUGUCUCAUCUGCUGAUCCUAGUCUUUCGAUUAUUACUACUUCAUCUGUUUCAGAUAUAUAUUCUUUAAAACCUUUUUACAUGUAUUAAAUGUAAAUUACAUAUAUCAAAAUUGUAACAAUUUUCAGUAUCUUUAAAACAGUAAUAAUUCAAUAAAAUUUUAAACAAUUUACCACUAAUGAUUAAAUAAAUAAAAAAUGUAUUUUAUCUUGGGAAAUUGGGUUGUAUAACCAUGAAAAAAAUUAUAAUCCACUGCAUAACCAAUUUACCUGACAUUUCUAUACACGGCGUUAGAUUUAUAUAAUAAUACUGUGUUGCCCCUUUCUGCAACCGGUGAAACCUGAAGCAAAAGCAAAAAAAAAAAAAAUCUUAGUUAUUAUCUGUAAAAAGUAAAUCGUGGCUUACCUUCCUUCACAUCAAUUCUUUUAACUUUCUUUGAUAACUUUUGAGAAACUGAAAUUUCUCCGUCGAUGGUUUUCUUCACCUCUUCGAGCCCACCAUUUUCUCUACACCAUUGUCGCCGUCAGCCUUGUCCGACUUUAUUCGCCUUCUCGAAGUGUGUUGCAAAGGGGAUGUCGUCUUCGCUUCUGAAAUCGAUUGCGAGAAGACGGCAUUACAGUCUAAUCGGCGAGAAGGAGCAACCCGAGCCUCGUCUCCUUCACAUCGGCGAUUCAUCAGAGAUCUGUUGUGAUACUGUUACAAAUGGAAGAUUUAGACUGCUAACUAGAUUGUUCGAAACUGGAUUUGAGUCAUCUAGUGAAUAUAUUCUCAUUUAUAUGUAAUGGUGCAAUGUGUAUAUAAAUGAAAUAAAUUAUGUGCAUGUAAAUGGAACCAUCAUACAUAUGAAAUGGAAUGUUAUAUAUUUA